GAACACUGGCUAGUCCAGUUGAUCCUGCCCACCAAGAUUUUCAAGUUUGCAGUUUGCAGAGAGCCACUCAAGAACUCAGUAAACAGUGGGAGCUAAUGAUUUGAAUAUGAUGGAGGUGAUGUGGGCUGCAUUUUGUAGAAACUGGGGCAGUACAAACCAAGUUGCAAUGAAUUUCAGUUCUAUUUGUGUAGAUGGUGUUCAUCCUUUGGUCAUUUCACUGGAUAUCCUUCUCUUUUUGAUUUUGUCCUUCAUCUUAUUUCGUGGAUCGUGCUUCGAGAAGAAGCAGAUUUCUCAAGAUUACCAAAGGUUUCUACCAUUAGGAAUAUCCUCUGCCAUUUUUAAUGGUGGUUUGGGAUUAGUCUACCUGGUCUUGGGGUGCUGGGUUUUGGGAAAUAAGCUUGUUAAAGAGAAAACUGCAUUACCUUUGAACGCAUGGGUGGUGUUGCUAUUCCAUGGGUUCACAUGGUUGCUGCUUAUUUUAACUGUAAGCCUCAGAAGGCAACCACCGCCACACUCCACAAUGAAGCUUUGUUCAAUGCUGGCCUUCUUGAUCAGUGGAAUUCUGUGCGGUGCUUCUCUGUGGAAGGUUAUUGUGGACAAAGCUGCAUCACCGGAGACCGUGGUAGAUAUAUUCUCUUUUCCAGGAGCAAUUCUACUAGUUUCCUUUGUUUUCCGGGGACAAAGACACUAUAUAGAAUUAAAUGAUGGUCUUUAUGCAACUCUGCUAGGCGAGGAAGCCAGCGCUACUGCUGAAAUGGAAGCCAAAGAGGAUGACUCUGUGACUCCUUUUGCCAGAGCAGGGCUGCUUAGUAAGAUGACAUUUGGUUGGUUAAAUCAAUUAAUGAAGAAGGGAAAUGAAAAGAUCCUUGAGGACAAAGACAUACCGCUGUUGCGGCUGGACGAUCAAGCCAAAACCUGUUACUCCUUGUUCCUGAGGCAAUCAAAUGAACUGAAACAGAAAAGCUCAUCUGAACCUCCUUCAAUUUUUAGAACUAUUGUACAUUGCUACUGGAAACCUAUAUUACUUUCUGGGUUCUUUGCACUUGUCAAGGUAGUUACCAUCUCUUUGGGUCCACUGUUUCUAAAGGCCUUCAUUGAGGUUGCUGAAGGGAAGGAAGUCUUCAAGCAUGAGGUUUAUGCACUGGCUGGAGGACUCUUCCUUUUGAAAUGCAUUGAAUCAGCAGCAGGGAGACAUUGGUUCUUUAUCAGUAGAUUGAUUGGGCUGCGAGUAAGGUCUUCACUCUGUGCAGCUAUUUAUCAGAAGCAACUAAGACUGUCAAAUGCAACGAACACGAGACAUUCUGCAGGUGAUGUAGUGAACUACUUAACUGUAGAUGCCUACAGAAUAGCUGAAUUUCCAUAUUGGUUUCACAAGACAUGGUCAACAAGCCUUCAGAUUUUCAUUGCACUGAUCAUUAUCUACUAUAGUGUUGGGCUUGCAACUAUGGCAGCUGUGCUUGUCAUGAUAUUGACCGUAAUAGGAAAUUUCCCACUGGCCAAAGCUCAACAUAAAUAUCAAUCGAUGUUCAUGGCAGCACAGAAGGAGAGGCUGAAGGCCACGUCAGAGGUUUUUGUUAGUAUGAAGGUUUUAAAGCUGCAUGCCUGGGAAACACAAUUCAAGAAUGUCUUGGAAAAGCUAAGAGAAGAGGAAUACAAAUGGCUUUCCGCUCUUCAACAACAGAAAGGGUACUAUAUUGUUCUGUUUUGGACAGCUCCAAUUCUAGUAUCGAUUGUUACUCUUGUAGCUUGCUAUUACCUUGGGAUUUCUAUUACUGCCAGCCGUGUUUUUACCCUCUUUGCAACUUUACGAAUUGCUCAGGAGCCUAUCAGAUUAGUUCCUGAUGUUAUUCAAGUCUUCAUUGAGGCAAUGGUUUCACUAGAUAGGAUUGUUAAGUUCCUUGAAGCUCCUGAGAUACAAAGUGGGCAUAUUAGACAAACGAUGAUCAGGAAGGAGAUCGUACACUCCAUCUUUAUCAGUUCUGCAGAUCUUUCAUGGGAUGCUGAUUGUUUGAGGCCCACUCUGAAAAACAUAAAUUUGGAGGUUAAGCCUAGUGAAAAAGUUGCUAUUUGUGGAGAGGUUGGCUCCGGUAAAUCAACCCUUGUUGCGGCAAUUCUUGGAGAGCUUCCUUGCAUCAAAGGCAUGGUUCAUGUCUGUGGAAAGAUAGCUUAUGUUGCUCAAACUGCAUGGAUCCAAACAGGAACUGUACAAGAAAAUAUUCUGUUUGGGUCAACCAUGGAUCAUCGUAGAUACAAUGAAGUGCUUGAAAAGUGUGCCUUGGUAAAGGAUCUUGAAAUGUUUCCAUUUGGUGAUUCCACCCAAAUAGGAGAAAGAGGUGUCAAUUUGAGCGGUGGGCAGAAGCAGCGUCUCCAACUCGCUCGAGCACUGUAUCAGGAUGCAGACAUUUAUAUCUUGGACGAUCCAUUUAGUGCCCUUGAUGCACAGACUGCCACAAGCCUCUUCAAAGAAUAUGUAAUGGAAGCGCUCUCUAGGAAGACGGUCUUGCUUGUGACUCACCAAGUUGAUUUCCUUCCUGCAUUUGAUCGGGUUCUGCUCCUUUCUGAGGGAGAAAUCCUACAGGCAACUACUUAUGAUCAUUUGUUGGCCACUUGUAAAGAAUUUCAAGACCUUGUUAAUGCACACAAUGAUACUAUUGACUCCAAGAAAUGUGCUGAAUAUGCUUCUUCUAAAACAUCAAACACUUAUAAUGAAGAGAUCAAGAAAAUAUAUACUGGGGGAGAACAGUCAAAUGCAUCACCAGAGGAUCAGUUCAUUAAGAAGGAAGAAAGAGAGAUGGGGGAUGCUGGUCUGAAACCGUACAUACAGUACCUGAAUCAGAGAAAGGGUCUCUUAUACUUCUUCUUGACAUACUCAGCCCAUUUUAUGUUUUUGGUAGGGCAGAUACUACAAAGCUUGUGGAUGGCUAAACACAUCCAGGACAAAAGCAUGAGCCAAUCAAAACUAGUUAUAGUGUAUUCGGUGAUUGGGCUUGGUGUGUCUUUCUUCUUGCUAGUAAGGUCUUAUCUUGCAGUUCUUCUAGGUCUUGAGGCAUCAAAAUAUUUCUUCUCUACAUUGAUGACCUCUCUUUUCCGGGCACCGAUGUCCUUCUACGACUCAACACCUUUGGGAAGGUUACUUAGUCGGGUAUCUUCUGAUUUUAGUAUCAUUGAUCUUGAUCUGCCACUCCAAUUAACUGCAGCAGUUGGGACAACUAUGACUUCAUGCUCCAACUUCGUAGUGCUGGCUGCUCUUACUUGGCAAGCCUUGUUUGUCAUCAUACCAAUGCUGUAUCUGGUCAUGCUAUUGCAGAAGUACUAUUUUGCUUCUGCUAAGGAGUUGAAUCGGAUCAAUGGCACAACAACAUCUCUAGUUACAAGCCAUCUAGCUGAAUCCAUUGCUGGGGUUGUCACAAUACGGGCUUUUGGGCAGGAAGAACGGUUCUUUGCUAAGAAUCUUGACCUCAUAGACACAAAUGCAAGCCCAUUCUUCCACAGUUUUACAGCAACUGAGUGGUUGAUUGGACGCCUAGAAGUCCUAUGUGCAAUUGUUCUUUCCACCUCUGCACUCCUUAUCACGUUGCUUGGCCAUGGAUAUUCAAGCUCUGGAUUUAUUGGAAUGGCACUGUCAUUUGGUCUUUCAGUGAAUGAGUUUGUAGUUUAUUCUGUUACAAACCAGUGUGUUAUGGCAAAUCUCAUUGUUUCGGUCGAGAGACUAAGUCAGUACAUGCAAAUACCCAGUGAAGCUCCUGAAGUACUAGAAGAAAACCGGCCCCAGCCGAAUUGGCCAUCUAUUGGUAAAGUAGAGAUCUGCGAUUUGAAGAUAAGAUACCGGACCAAUGCACCGUUUGUUCUUCAAGGGAUAAGUUGCAUCAUUGAAGGGGGGCACAGGAUCGGUAUCGUUGGUCGGACUGGUAGUGGUAAAACAACGCUCAUAAGUGCUUUGUUUCGCCUGGUGGAGCCAACAAAUGGUAAAAUAAUAAUAGAUGGUCUCAACAUUUCCACGAUAGGGCUUCACGAUCUGAGAUCAAAAUUUGGGGUCAUUCCUCAAGAUCCUAAUCUUUUUAGUGGGUCUGUGAGACACAAUGUAGACCCCUUAUCCCAGCAUACUGACCAAGAAAUAUGGGAGGUCCUCAAAAAGUGCCAGCUUAUAGAGGCUAUACAAGAGAAAGAAGCAGGAUUGGACUCUCUGGUAGUACAAGAUGGAACAAACUGGAGCCUGGGGCAGCGGCAACUUUUCUGUCUAGGACGAGCAUUGUUGAGAAGAAGCCGCAUACUGGUGCUUGAUGAAGCCACUGCAUCGAUCGACAAUGCGACUGAUGCCAUUCUCCAGAAAACCAUUAGGGCAGAAUUUGCAGGCUGCACUGUAAUAACAGUAGCCCACAGAAUACCAACUGUAAUGGACAGCACAAAAGUCCUCGCUAUAAGUGAUGGAAAACUAGUAGAGUAUGAUGAACCAAUGAAGCUGAUACAAAAGGAGGGAUCCUUGUUUGGGCAGCUUGUGAAGGAAUACUAUUCUCAUAUAGCUGAAGAUAGUAGCCCUUGGGCAGAUUUGCCAUGAAUCUCUAUGUUAGUUUAUUUUAAUAUUAUCAAAUUUUAUAUAUCAUCUUGAAAAGGACAUGUAAGUUAAAGUUAAACAUGUACCUGUUUAAUUGAGUUUUUUUUUAAAAAGGAGGACGUUACCUCCAUUUAUUUAUUUAAAGUUAAACAUGUAUCUAUUUAAUUGAGUUGUUGGUUGAUGUGUUCCAUAAAUUCAGAAGUUUAAAGAUGUGAGUGUACGUUGAA